AUGCCAGAAAUCCAGAAAUUUCCAUUAAGGAUGCUGUGUGUGUUGUGUCUUCUCCCUCAAGGUGUCAUCACCGUGACAACAGGUGUCAUAAAGAUGGUUGCCGUGGCGUCAAUAGACAAUGUUGUAUACUUGGAAUGUCCAACAGGGAUAGUUAAUGAAGAUACAUUUAAAGAAAUAUAUGCCCAGUUUUUCCCUCAGGGAGAUGCGAGUCUAUAUGCACAUUAUGUGUUCAAUACAUUUGAUACCGACAAAAAUGGGAGCAUUAGUUUUGAGGAAUUCGUGUUUGGUUUAUCAAUUUUAUCUAGAGGAACAUUACAUGAGAAGUUAGACUGGGCAUUUAAGCUGUACGAUAUAAAUCAAGAUGGACACAUCACACGCGAGGAAAUGUGUGAUAUAGUACAUGCAAUUUAUGAAAUGAUGGGAAAGUAUGCUGAAGCGAAGGGAGAAGAGCUGACACCGAAAGAACAUGCUGAGAAAGUUUUUCAAAAAAUGGAUCUUAACAAAGAUGGUGUUAUAACAAUAGAUGAGUUUAUGGACUCUUGUAAAAGGGAUGACAACAUUUCAAGGUCAAUGGCGAUGUUUGAUACAGUAAUAUGAAGAGAUUGUGAGAAUUAUUUACUCCGGUGUUCAAUCAUCUUUUAUUUCAAAUUUUUAUUUUGUUUUUCAAAUUGAGUCUGUUUCUCAUACAUUUGAUUCCAAUUGUCUUUUUUUGUGGCGAACAAAUUUGAUAACUUGGAAAAAUAAUACUUAUAUAUAAACAUUCAAUAAGUA